GAGGAGACACUAUUGUUGAUGAGGAGGAGCGGAGACGGCGGCUGCUGCACCACCUCGUUGCUGCCGGCCGCGGCCCGAGCGCUCCCCCAGCACCCCGGAAUCCGCUGUCGUCACCCCGUCGUGUGGGCCUUUCCUCCGGCCUCGAGAAUCCACCCCCUGCAACACAACAACAACAAAACCCCCGUCUCGUCCAGUCACCAGGGAGGGGGAGCCAUGUCCCAGCGGGUGAGGCGCAAUGGGUCCCCCACGCCGGCCGGCUCCCUCGGGGGCAGUGCGGUCGCCAUGGUCGGGGGAGCCGGGAGUCGUCUGCAGCCCAUGAGGGCGACGGUUCCGUUCCAGCUGAAGCAGCAGCAGCAGCAACAUGGCAGCCCCACGCGGAACAACGGCGGCGGCGGCGGCGGCGGCGGCGGCGGCAACAACGGCGGCUGCUGUGGUGGCGCCUCCGGCCCCUCUGGCGGCGGCGGGGGCCCGCGUACCGCCUCGCGCAGUACAAGCCCCACGCGGGGCGGCGGGAGCACGGCCGCGCGCACCAGCCCCACGGUGGCCACGCAAACGGGCGCGUCCGCGACGUCCACGCGGGGCACCAGCCCCACGCGCGGCACCGCGUCCGGGGCUCGCGGGAGCCCCCCACGGCCGCCGCCGCCGCCGCCUCUGCUGGGCACCGUAUCGUCGCCCUGUUCGUCGCCCACCCACCUGUGGACGGGCGAGGUGAGCCUGGCCCCACCCCCAGCCCGCGUCCGGCACCGGAGGAGAUCCCCGGAGCAGAGCCGAAGCUCCCCGGAGAGGAGAAGCCCGAGCGCCCCGGUUUGCAAAGCAGGUGACAAAACACGACCGCCUUCUUCAAGCCCUUCCAGUGUUAUCCGCCGCACUUCCUCUCUGGAUACACUUGCUGCUCCAUACCUUGCAGGGCACUGGCCUCGUGAUAGUCAUGGGCAAGCUGCGCCUUGCAUGAGGGACAAAGCCACACAGACAGAAAGUGCAUGGGCCGAAGAGUAUGCUGAAAAGAAGAAAGGAUCUCACAAGCGUUCAGCAUCCUGGGGCAGUACAGAUCAACUUAAGGAGAUCGCAAAAUUACGUCAACAGUUGCAGAGAAGUAAACACAGCAGUCGGCAUCAUCGAGAUAAAGAAAGACAGUCUCCAUUCCAUGGCAACCAUGCAGCUAUUAACCAGUGUCAGGCUCCUGUUCCAAAGAGUGCACUUAUUCCAGUCAUUCCCAUCACCAAAUCAACAGGCUCCCGGUUCCGGAAUAGUGUGGAAGGACUAAAUCAGGAGAUUGAAAUAAUAAUUAAAGAGACUGGGGAAAAGGAAGAGCAACUUAUACCACAGGAUAUUCCCGAUGGCCAUCGUGCACCUCCCCCACUUGCGCAGAGAAGUAGCAGCACACGCAGCAUCGACACGCAGACACCUGGUGGAGCAGACAGGGGGAGCAACAACAGCAGCCGCUCUCAGUCUGUGUCCCCCACGUCAUUCCUCACCAUCUCCAACGAAGGUAGCGAGGAGAGUCCUUGUUCAGCUGAUGACCUGCUUGUUGAUCCUAGGGAUAAAGAAAAUGGGAACAAUUCUCCUUUGCCCAAAUAUGCAACUUCACCAAAACCUAACAACAGUUACAUGUUCAAAAGGGAACCUCCUGAGGGUUGUGAAAGGGUCAAAGUCUUUGAGGAAUGCUCGCCAAAACAACUUCAUGAAAUUCCAGCUUUUUACUGUCCUGACAAGAACAAGGUGAAUUUUAUUCCUAAAAGUGGCUCAGCUUUCUGCCUCGUCAGCAUCCUCAAGCCACUCCUUCCCACACCAGAUCUUACCCUCAAGGGCUCGGGCCACAGCCUGACAGUCACCACUGGCAUGACAACCACUCUGCUGCAGCCUAUUGCUGUGGCCUCCGUGUCUACAAACACAGAGCAAGACCGAGUCUCUCGAGGAACGAGUACCGUCAUGCCGUCAUCCUCUCUACUUCCACCACCAGAACCCAUCGAGGAAGCUGAAGGUUAAGUCCCGGCACUGUGUGGCCAUUGUUCUGGGAAACUGAGAACCUCCUCAGAUCACUUGACUCUGACGGCAUCAUGCGCUCCCAGUUGGCAGUGAUGUGCUCCAGCUUUCCACAGCAACAUGUGACAGUGAGGCUUCUAGAAGGAAGCAGCCUCUCUGAUGGCUCUGCCCUGCUCAUGAAGGCCAACCCUCAGUUCUUAGCCUGCUUUUUCCUAAAGCACGAUUGAAACAAGAAAGGUCUCAUUCUUUACUUUUCGAGGGCUGAUAUCUCAUUGCUUUUGUUCUCAAAUUAGACUUAAAAAAACAACUGAUCCCUGCAAACAUGAAUCCUGAAGGGAGACGUGAACGAUGCUGCAAGAACCAUCUUUUAUAUGAAAACGACUAUUUUAUAAUUCCAAUGUUACAUUUUCUGAAACAGGAUGUUCAAAAGAUUCCUUGGUGGCCUCUGUUUCUUGUUUCCCUUUCUAGAUGUGUGCUUUUCUCAGCUGUUUUCAGCUUUGGGACCAAAGGGAUUAAUUGUUGACAUUUUUCCAACAGUCUUAAACUCAUGACUAUGUUCUCCUCCCAAACCAGAAUUGAUAGGUAAAUGCAUUGGACACAUAUAUAUGAAAAGAGAUAAAAAGCAAUAUUAGUACAUUAUGUGAUUUAUGUUUUUUUGAUGUCAGAAGUUUGUGCUUUGGGUGAAAUGUUUGUAAAACUGAUGUUUUCUUCACUACUCCUGUACACAUUUCACGAUGUGGUCAGAAAAAUUAUAGUCCAGAGACAAGUGCUUUAAUAUGUUCUCACCCAUCAUUGGAACUUGGUUUUAAAGUCAGUGAACCAAAAGGAAAUUACCCAGCGUUGAUUGCCAGCUAGGAGUAAGGAGUCCCUUUCCUACUCUGCGAAAUGUGUAUCACAUGAUCUUUCUCCUUUACCGCAGAUCUCAUUCUGCCUUUAACCAUCACUGUAUCAUAGCCCCAGGAGAUCCUGAAAUGGCUGUGCAUGGAUUCCCUCCUUUGCUUUUGUGAUGUUGUUGUCUUGUGGAUUUGGUCAGGGUUAGUAGUUUGCCAGGAGUGUAAUCCAUUGAAUAGCAAUCCGUAGCCGCAGAAUCUUGUGACUGACAUUUUCUUUAUGGUGGUUGGCACUGAGAUUUGUUGCCUACAGAUUUUGCUAGCUUCCUCCGCAGCAUUCCACACAGUGGGGAAAACAGAUAAGGAUAACUUUGGAGCAUAAACAGCAGGCACCUCUGAAAAAUUCAUGCAGUUUUGGAUUUGGGUUCGUCCUAAUACACAUCACUGCCAGUAUCACAGGAUAACAGAUAAUUUCAUUUCUGGGUAUGUGGUAGUGACGUUAAGGAGCUGCUCUUUUUUUCAAAAAAAUGAGUUUCAGCAAACAGUGCUGAUAAAAAGCAUCCUUCUGAGAUUUUUAUGUACUAUCUUAUGAUGCAAUAAUUUAAUUUUCCUAUACAUAUUGUAGGCAGAAUAAAAUCUUAAAUACUUAUAAAAGGAGUUCUGCUUUGACAGUCAGUACAUCACUUUGUCGAGACGUAGCUCAUUGAGAAAACCUAGUGGUAGCAAUAAAUCUUCUGAAAGGACUACCUUAUACUCAUCGCACCUUUAAAGCAGUUAAGUAUUUUAAAAGGUGCCCUGUAAGUUUAAAAUGGCGGCAUAUUUAGGUAAGUCAGAUAAAUCCAGACGUUCGUAAGUCUGUCUGUCAGGUUUUAGUUUGUAAGUCGGGUGAUUUUUGCUACCUUUUCCAUCCAAAGCUGAUUUACUUGGGACUUUACAUUAUGGCUUCUAAAGCGGUAAAAGCUCAGUUAUUUGGGGGCUGAAUUUUCUGGCUGGUGGUUUUUGAGAACUUUAUUUCUCUACCUUCUCUGUUAUUAUGCCUCUUGAUUAUGCCAUUUCACCACUGAGCAUCCAUCCACUCCAUCAGAGGUGCAGAAGGAAAGGUAAACUGAACGGUGGAGGAGGAAGUUAAAAACAAGGUUAAAAAAAACCCCAAAACUUCCGUUUUAGGAUUACCUGAAGUCGGUUAAAUCUCUGCUCUUUUCUUUGCCUUACACUUUUCUUCUUCUGUCUCCUUCCCUACACGUCACAAUGGUAUCUUACACCUAGAAUGCCACUUUGUAAACAGUUUUUCCCUUUUACUCUGUUGUGCGAGUUUGUCUCAUUCACACCCUUCUGUGGAGUUACCAUGUAUCUUUAAUCUAAAGUAAUUUAAAGUUGUAAUGGAAGAAAAGUUUAAGAUUGAUUAUUUACAUAGUCUUAAAAACAGAACUUCUAGCUUAAUAUUUGGUUCUAAGGAGAAUGUGAACUUGCAAGUAAAUGAAUUGUAUGACAAACCAAACGGAUCCCUCAGGUUUGGGAGAAAGAGAGCCUGAGAUUUGAAAAAGAAGGGUACAAGGUACAAACAACCCUAACCACCAGUGCCAAAGGGCUAAUUUUUAAGCAUAUAAGCUUUAUUGCAGUCUUAAAAAAAUAUUAACUGUAGGUCCAUUCAGCUGUUUUAUUUAACCCCUAGUUCACAGGUGUCUAUUCUCAGUAGAAUGUAUAAUACUGUUUUCUAUAGUUACGUUCCCUAGUUCUCAUGUUAUUCUAUAGAAAACUGUAUAGAAGGUAAAAAAUGAGAAUAGCUUCAACAGGAUUAUAAUUUCAAAUUUUUAGAAAUUUAAAUUUACUUCCAUUACAGUAAAAGAGAUGGGUAGCAUCUAUCUUUCAGCAAAAGAAGCUUUAUUCUCUGGUUAUUAUUCACUUUGUCAAUCUUAGUUACUUUCUACCUUAGACAAGUUCUUCCUUUUGAUGAUAAAACUUAUAUAAGUUUACUAUUUCUGAUCAUGACUAAGUCUUUAACUGGUCAUGGCUUUUGUGAGCAAUUAUGUUUUUAAAAUAACCCAUUUUACCUCUCUGGUUAAUAUGGUGAGCAUGGUUGCCAAAAUUAUUUUUGACCUGGAUUCUUCAUUUUGUUUAAAGCGUAUCUUAUAUUUAUGACCACAAGUCAGAUCAGCCUUUUAGAAGGUGCUAUUGCUAACUGUGGAAUAACUGGCAACACGAAAGGCCUUUAAAAAAAAAAAAAAAUUUUUUUUUUUUAAUGGUUGGUGUUUACUGGAAGACGGUAUUAAAAAAAAAAAAAAUGGCAGAAUUUAAAACCGUCUGUAUGGCCAGGAUUAGGACUAGGUUGUCAAGAUUUUAUUUCUUUUGUUAAAAGAAAUAAAAAUUGCCACUACUGAAUUUACUUUCCUAGACUCGGCGGCAGUGGGGGCGGGGGAGAGGGAGUGGGGUGGGGAUUCUAAACUUAAGUUUCAUUCCUUAAAGUUUGGGAUUUUGAUGUCUCAAAACAGGACCGAUGAAAGUGCUGAAUUUGCAAAAUAAAGCUAAGAAUAUUUAACUCCGCACUUUAAGGUUUAAGUUUUUACUCUGCCUAAAUUAAUGAUAAGCAGAGCAGCCCUGAACAAUAUUUUGUUUAUACAAUCCUGUUGAAGAAUAUAAUUUAUGUUUUUUUAAACUCUUCAUCUUUCAUCUCUGUUGAAGCUCUGUAAAUCUUUUUAAAAAGCAAUUUAAAAAAAAAUUUGUUUUUCUAACAAAAUUCUCCCCACCAAAACAGCAUUUCCAGUGAUGAUAAAUAUUAUAACUAUGUACUUAUGUAUUCCCUGUACCUGGACACUUGUUGCUGCCUCACAAGAAAAUAGAACUUUUAAAAAUAAAGUGUCUGUUCUUGAGGCUUUUUUGUGUGUACUUUUAUGAAUAUUGCCUCAAAAAUUCAAAUAUUUCUUUUCAGACAUUUUGUAACCUGAAAUAACUUUUAUAAAUAGUAUGUCUCUUUCACAAAUUGAUAUAAAAAUGAGUUUUGUUAAGUAGCAGGAUAUAUAAUACUGGCAGUUGUUACUACUUUUUUGCUACUUCCUUAAUUGCUCUAGUACUGAAAGUACUUGGUCUUGGUGGCAAACAUUAAAGUAUAAGCAAACACACUGGAAGACAUACAUGUUUUUAAGUAAUUCAGCACCUCACAGUUUGUUAGAGGUGACUUAACUGGCAUAGUCACUUACGUUCAUUCUGAAGUGUAUAAGGUUUGUUUUGUGUUAGUAAUUCAUUCUCACUAAAGCAGCCGUGUUCCUCCUCUGUGACAAUGGUUUAUCUAUGCAAGACAGUUAAGCCUGAGGGGUUUGGUCUGUAUCCACAUGAUGGAGGAGCUGUUCAGAUAUGCCCCUAAUGAAGACUACACUGUAAUCACUUAGAAAGCAAGGACACAUUUUAAGUGAAGUAAAAAGUCACCACAGCUGUCAGUCGUAAAAAGUGGUCACUAGAUUACUUUAUUAAAAUUAUUUCUGGGAGGAUAAAUUAACCAGAGUUUAGGGAUAACUAACUUUUUUAAUACAGUUACAUUAUAAAUUUAUUUUUACAAAUUUAAGUUUAUAGUUUAACAACAUCAAAUGCAAAGAGAAACUCUCAAACUGGCACAUAAAAACUUCUCCCUUUUUUUCCCUUAGUCUUUCCCCACCAUCAUUACAGAGGUGAGAAGUGUAAUCCCUUAAUUUCUGUAUCUCAAAUUGAGUGUUUUUAUUCCCCCAUUUUUUUUGGCGGGGGGCGGGGGGCUUUGGUUCAAAAGUAUUAACUUUACAAAAAAAGUUUUAAAGCCUAUAAUGGCCCUUAUCCUUUGCUUGCUUUUUAGUGGCUGUGUCUGAAAUACAGUAUCCUCUUCGUGGCAGGAUAUAUAGCAAUUCCAGGGUUUUUUUUCCCCCCUUGCUAAGGUUUGGUGUGCUUUUUAAAUAUGUGUAUAUAUAUUAGCCUCUACUAGAACACGGUUGGAAACCCUGGUGGUGUAGUGGUUAAGUGCUACCGCUGCUAACCAAAAGGUCAGCAAUUCGAAUCCGCUAGGCGCUCCUUGAAAAGUCUAUGGGGGCAGUUCUACUCUGGCCUGUAGGGUCGCUAUGAGUUGGAAUCAACUCGACGGCAGUGGGUUUGGUUUUUUUUUUUUUUGGUUUAGAACAUGGUAUGAUAGUACAAAUAGCCUUCAUACUCUUUGGCUUAGUGUUUUUCAAACUGCAAGUUUGGGUCUUGAAAUGAGUUAAAUGAUUCCAACCAGCCUUUUUUUAUAAAAUGAAGCAAUAGGGAACAUUAGAAUAUAUCCACACAUGAAAAUAUUUUUUGUGUCUAAAACUUUUGUUAGAUACAGAUACACGUAUAUACGUUGUCAUAUAAAAAUGGGUUGCAAUCUAAAUGAUUUGAAAAGGAUCGCUCUAGAUAGAGCCCCUGUGUAUCUAUCUUUGGGUUGAUCUGGUAUCUUAAUGCAGAGGUGAAACGAGGUUUUAAGACAUCCUUUCUACUUCCCUUUUAAUAAGUAUCUCCAAAUUGCUGAUAUAAAAAAUAAAAUACUUGUCUUUUCAGCAAAAUAUGCAUCUUCCUCAAACAAUUUAUCUCCAUAGACUAUAACUAUUUGAUUUUACACACAAGUAUGGAUUAGUUCUACUGAAUCGUUGUUGUCAUUUUACUAUUUUAUUUUGUUUUAGGUGAAAGUUUUCAUAGUAAAUUAGGUUCCCAUUUAACAAUUUUUAUACAAAUUGUUCCGUACCAUUGGUUAAAAUUUUCACAAUGUGUCAGCUUUCUCAUUUCUGUUUUCUUUCCAUUGAUCUAGCUUUCCUACCUCUCAUUGUCUUCUCAUCUUUGCAUUUGGGUAAACGUUGACUGCUUGGUCUCAUAUAGUUGAUUGUUUAAGGGAGCACAUUACUCAUGGGUGGAAUUAUUUAGAAUCAUGUUUUAUAGAAGACUGUCAUGGACACUCUGAUGGUUAAAAAACAGGAGUGUAACUGUUUGUCUCAGUCCUAUGUCUUUAGAAGUUAUUUUUGAGAUCACUGGGAUGAUUCAGAGGAGACGCAGAAAGCCCUGGAGUUAGGGCCACAAUUUAGGUACGAGUUCUGGCUUUGCUACUUAACGGUCAUGGGCUCUUGCAAGAAAGUCACCUUUUUGAACCUCAAUUUUCUUAUUUAUGAGAUGAAGGAAAUACUGAUAAUGCUGUCAGUUAAAUGGGCUAGUGAAUAUGAAAAUAGCUUCUAAAACUGUAAGCAAACUAUCAUUACCAUCUUUAUAUUUUCUUAGGUAAGACAAGAGUUUUUCGUUAUGGAGCGUGGUCCUGUAAAAUUCAUUUUAGCUUGUGAAGUAUCAUAUAGCCAAGGAUGUUGAGCUAAAAUUACAAUUAGGUAACACACUUGAUAACUUACCAAAUGCCAGGCACUUGCUCCUCUCUACCAUAAUCCUUACAAUAACCCUAUUCAGGCAGGUACUGCUAGUUUUACUAUCUUACAGAUAAUAAAACUUUUAACUUAUCCAUGGCCAUACAACUGGGAAAUGGCAAAGUCUGGAUUUGAACCAAGUCUGACUCUAGAACUCAAAUUUAACCACUAAGUUUCUCCUGUACAAGUGACACUGAUAAAAUGUGUAUGUUUAGUAUCACAGAUUAUUUGCCAUUGGGACACUGCCUUGUUCUCUUGUGGUCCUCUUCAUUGUGUACAAAUGCCAGCAAGCAUCAGCUGGUUAGACACCAGUUCCUGACCAAGAAAGUGACACAAACCCUCAAGCUCUCUUGUUUUUAAUGUUGCUAUAACCUGUUAACCCGCUGUCGUUGAUGCCAACUCACAGUGACCCUAUAGGACAGAGUAGAACUACCCCAUAGGGUUUCUAAACAGCAGCUGGUAAAUUCAAACUGCCGACCUUUUGGUUAGAAGCCGAGCUCUUAACCACUUUGCCACUAGGGCUCCAAUGUUGCUAUAGCUACAGAAAUUCAGGAGAAGUAUAUUUCUUGAGGAGCACAACUUUUAUGUAGAAACUGACUUCAGUCACUUUCUUCGCGGUUUUUUUUUUUAACUUGAAUUUUUGAGAAAAAGGCUUAGAAAGGUUAUGUUUUAAUCUUUAUAAUUUGGUAGGCCCAUUUCAGAGAGAGAAUAUGAUAAAAUGAAAUCACCUAGAUCACAGUUUAAUUCAUGUGUGUGCCCAAAGACACUAUAAAGAAUAACAGAGAAUGUGCAGUGUUAACAGUAGUUAUUCCUGGAUGGUAGGGCUGUGGUUUGUCUAGUUUUGGGGAUUUUUCACACUUAUAAAUGAGAGACUAUUACUUUGAAAUGGCAAAGAGGAAACAACUUUUUUAAGGUAAAAGACCUGCAUUUCAAAAAUCUUACCUAUCAACGCUAAGCAGGCCUUUAUCUUCCUUUUGUAUUCAUUCUUUGGCUCUUGGUUUAUUUGCACCACUGUGUGAGGAACCAUGUCUUGACACUAAAUGCCAAGGACAGUUUUUAUUGAACUCUUCAGUCUUCUUUUAAAUGGUACAUAAAAGAUGGACAAAGAUAUUUUAUAUUGGAUUUUUGGAUGUGACCCAUCUUGACAAACCAAGAUUU